AUGCAUCUCUUUGCGCUGAAAAAGACGACUAAAUCUGCGACCCCCGUGGCUGGUCUCUGGCUCGUGGGUGCCGCGCCUCGGCGACUGAGGGAAAUAAACAAACCAAGCCAGGGACGCACAGCACCCGGCCACUCCCUGCUGCAGGGCGUGCUGCGUCACAGCACUGCUGCGUUCACCAGUCCCACGGGGGAGAAGCAGCUGCACGUGGCCACUGGGGACAUCUUCCCGGUGGAGCUGGGCUGGGCCAUGAACCCCGGCUCCCCCUACAGGCACCAUUUCGACGCCAAUAUAAGAGCCAUGAUUGAGAAUGGUCUUGUGACUAAGUGGCUGCGAGACGUGAUCAAUGACCCCAAGAGGAGAGAGAGGGGUGACCUGACCUCCUCCACCACCACACAAGCCCUGGGCCUCCACCACCUCCAGGGUGUGUUUUACUUCCUGGGUAUUGGCUACAUGACGUCCUCUCUGGCAUUCCUCACUGAAGCUCUUCUCACCUGGAGGGGGCAUGGACGCCUUAGCUAGGCUGUUAUAACACCUCGGACCCCUACUUAGGUCUUGUGACGUCCCAGCCAACGUGCAAUGAACCUUUUCGUUAAGUACGCCAACUGACCCUUUACAUAAUGCCGUAACAUUUUCACCUUUAAAUCAAUGUUGGGUUGAACACUUUUUAUGUGAGUGUCCAGGACCAUACUGUGGAAGGUGACCCAUGUCAGCCUAACCUGAUCUUCUGCACAGUGUUGUGUACUCACGCAUGACCAAUAAUAAAACCCUUGCAACA